UUGCGGAUGUAUAGAAGCUCAAGAACGUGAUGUGUCAAAUUUUCCAUUCUGUCGCAUAAUGACGUUCUCAAUCCCGUAGUUGGAUCGAAAUGUAGGAAAAUUCAAAUGUAGGGUAAAAAGUAUCAGAGCACAUGCCAAUAAGUUGUUUUUUGAAUCUGUUUGAUGUUCCAUUCUCGGGAAAAUAACACUGCGAACUUUGUACUUUGUACAGCUUAACUUAUUGUUAUCAAAAUUUUAAACAACGUAACCUUUCAAAACAGUGAACGAAAUGUUUCAGAGUAACGCCACCAGAAAAGGAAUAAAAGGAAAAGUGCUCGAUCCUGAUAUAGAUUUUUCUAAGGUAAAAAGUGUUCAUAGCAUUUCGUCUUGGUGGGGAAUCGGAGGAAUUUUUCUGAUUUUGUUUAUUGGCAAUUUAACCAGUUAUACCAACUUACACUUGCCAGAUGCUCUACGAAAUAGCCACCUAGCUAAACAUCCAGAUACCUUUAUCGCGGAGCGAGCAUAUAAAGAUCUGAAGAUAUUGAAUGAUUUUGGGCCGAGACCCACAGGAAGCUAUGCAAAUGAAGUCCUGGCAGUUGAUUUUUUGGUUCGCGAAUUAUCCUACAUUGACCAGUUGAAGAACAAAAAUCAGAAGCUAAUCGUGGAUAAGCAAAUCAUUUCCGGUGGAUAUGUCGGAGUCUACAUGAACAAAUCAGCGACAAGCGUUUAUCGCAAUAUACAAAAUGUAGUCGUGAAACUAGUCGGUACAAACAGUAACCAGACAUUGCUGUUGAAUUGCCAUUUUGAUUCGGUUGCUACCAGUCCUGGAGCCAGUGAUGAUUUAUCCGGCUGUGCGGUGAUGCUCGAGAUUUUACGAGUCAUGUCGCGACAGUCAAGCAUCAAUUUAUAUUCUAUAAUAUUCCUGUUCAAUGGGGCUGAAGAAACCCCACUUCAGGCUUCACAUGGUUUCAUUACAUCUCAUUUUUGGGCUAAGGAAGUGAAGGCUUUUCUUAACCUUGAAUCCGCUGGAUCCGGCGGAAAGGAAAUGCUGUUCCAAAGCGGUCCCAAAAAUCCUUGGCUUAUCGAAAUGUAUGCGGCAGCAAUAAAAUAUCCUUACGCCCAGGCUGCUGCGGAGGAAAUUUUUCAGUUGGGUGUUAUCCCUUCUGAUACAGACUUUCGUGUUUUUCGGGAUGUUGGCGGUAUUCCGGGAAUGGAUUUUGCCUACACUGCCAACGGCUAUCGGUAUCACACGAAAUAUGACUCAAUCGAAUAUAUUCCGAUGUCGGUGCUGCAACGAACAGGAGAUAACAUUCUAUCCCUCACAAAGACUAUCGCCAACUCAGACAAAUUAGGCCAGCAGAACAGGAAACACGAGCAUACUGUUUACUUUGACUUUCUUGGUUUAUUUUUUAUUUUCUACUCAGCGGACGUAGGACUGAUGAUUAAUCUAUCUGUAGUUCUAUUAUCGAUUAUCAUACCGUUUUUGUCACUCGCCAGAUCUACCAGUGGUACCCAUGGAAGAGAAAUUCGUUCUGAAACCGUCAUUGGUUUUGUUGCAACAUUUUUGGGAGCAGUAGUUUCCGGGUUCAUUUGUUUUUUAAUAGGCUACCAAGUUGAUCUGAUGGGCUGCUCCAUGUCAUGGUUUUCGUCGUCGAAUUUAGUGCUUGGCAUGUACUGUUGUCCAGCAUUACUUUGCCAAUGCCUGGUUCACCUGGUGGUCGGGAAUAUCUGCAGCAGUAAAACAACACCACUAAGCCUGGCAUUGAAGGUUCAAGCUCGUUUGAAUGGUGUUAAUUUGUUCUGGGGAAUGGCAACUCUAGGAAUCACCUUCGCUGGAUAUCGGAUCGCAUACGUCUUCAUGAUUUUAAUCUUUUUUACGCUUCUGUCGAGCAUAUUAAUCUCCAUGUUCGGUUUGCAAAACACCGUUCACAAGUGGCUUUACAUCCAUAUGUUCUUCCAAAUAGGUGCUAUCUUGUGGUGCACCCAAUUCUAUCACAUUAUGCUCAACAUGUUUAUCCCUAUUACGGGACGAAUUGGCGGCUCAAUAAAUCCAGAAUUCAUCAUUGGAACCAUAGCAGCAGCGGUGACGUUGUUCACAUGCAGCUAUAUAACUCCUCUGCUUUUUCUGUUAAAAAAGAAAGACAAGCUAAUAGGUGAGCUGGUAACCAUUACACUGAUCUCACUCUUUCUGGCCACAUCCACGGGCAUUGGCUUUCCAUAUCGAGACGAAAAUAUGAAGGCACCAACCGUUCAGAGACAUUAUGUAACGCACACCUUGAGAACAUUCUACGAUUACAAUGGUCAAGUUAGGGAAACUGAUUCAGGUUUCCUACUGCAAGAGCUAGAUCGUAACGCUCGCAAAACAAUCGAGGGUAUUGCUAUGCCGGACUCAAUCACGGCAAUGCGCGAUAUGAAAUCAUGCGAAACAGAACUGUUCUGCGCUGUUCCGUUCUAUUCAAUCUGGCAUCAAGUGUUAUUUGAAAAUUACUGGGUCUCCGGACCGCAGCCAAUGAUACACUCCGAGGUCAAAUGUUCCUUAAGAAGCAAAGAAAAGAUUUCUAAUUAUGAAACUCAACUCAAGCUUACGCUCAGCGGGGAUGACCAAUGUUCUCUGCUGAUAGGCCCUAGAGCAGGCGUUUCGCUCACAAAAUGGGACAUUGUUGACCAGAUGGCAAAUCCUAUUGAAUUCAAUGGACAACGAGCCUACUUUGUCCUUAUCAGCGCUGGUAUUAACCCAGGACCUAUGAAUUUUACACUCCAACUCAAACAUGAAAUACUCAACUACGACGGACCUCUCAUCGAUAUUAUAGUGACAACAACUUUCUGGGAUUACCAAAAGCACCACACACCAGUUUUCAGAAAACUUCUUUCACGUGUUCCAUCCUGGUCUCAUAUAGUUCCAUCAGUAGCGGCGCUUAAUAGUUACGUAUUCUAAUAUUUAGAUAGAUUUUCGAAUGCAGAACAAAUAUCCUAUAAACCCUUAGGGUCUUUUUUUCUAUUGUUAAAUUACCAAUUCUUUCUAUGAAAUUUUUCAUAGAUUAGCCUAAAUAUUGCUACUUUAAAUCUACAAGCUUUAUAAAGUUAGUUGACAGAAUCCGGUUAAGUUGUUUCGGUUAUACCUUUCACGCACGUCGAUAGAUGAACAAAUCUACGAUCUAAAAGUUUGAUUGAGGCUUUUGAACCUCACCAUUCAAUUCUAUUACAAACUCGAAUAAUCAAAUCUCUAAGCAACCUAUAUUGUACUCAGUCAGUAAUCGCACGGUGAUUAGGUGCUCCUUGAACGCGGUUACUUUUUUAAUUCAGCCAUCUACGCAAUUGAAAACUAGUGAAAGGGUUUCGUUGGAUACAGCAUAAUAAGUACAUCUACAACUGUCCGAUUAUCUUUCGAACCUCAACCGUAAAGUUUAACCUAAACGUAAAAUAUGGCAAUGUUAUAUGCACCCAAAGCCUAAAAGUAGAUAAGUACUGAUACACUUGAAAAACAAUAUGAAAAUCUUAAAUAGUGGACAAGACGCAAUAAAUUAUAGUUGAAACUUUGUGGUUUUGAAUUUGUGCAAAGUAAGUUUACUGAGGAGAUUAUUUAUCAUAAUUUUUUAAAUACCGUCUGUAUGUGACAGAAUCGGGUCAAACGCUAUAAAGCAAAGUUAUAGUGCUCAAUAAAGUAUGUCGAAUUAUUGGCUUGGGUUAUUUAGAGCUCGAUUACUAUUCGACCAAUUCGA